AUCACCGCAAUCCAACAAUUUUUGUAGUCUUCAGCUCUGGAACUGUACACCUGCACCACUCAGCAGGUAUUUCGGCAAGCUGCUCGAGUUGUCUCAAGUUUGAAUGGUGCUUUAUCCAGAUGGUAUGUUUGCACUUCCUCUCCAGAUAUUCCGGGAUUUAGAUCAGAGUUUAUAAAAAGCAAUUUCUGAAUAGUCUAAUCUUUGGGUGUUAACCAUUCUUGGGUGUGUUUUGACUCAUUAAUCUGUGGCAAAACUCCCGCGACUGAGAGCUAACUUUCUGACACCGGGCAGCAGACUCCUCUCUAGAAUUUCUCGAGAGCCGAGAUUUUAUUGUACGGUGCAUGGAUUCAAGACCACCUGUGCGAGAUGUAUUUGCGCAGCCCCAGAAAGAGCCUCCUCCGUGUUUCACAGUAGGGAAAGGUGUUCUUUUUCAGCUAUGCUUCAUUUUUGUCUCUGUGAAUGUAGAGCUGAUGCGCCUUGCCAAAAUGUUCCAUUUUUUCUCAUUUGUCCAUAGAACAUUCUCCCUUCAGUUUUCUUGCUUGUCAACAUGGAGGUUUAUUUAUUUUUAACCAUCGUGUCCCUCUUGCUCCUUUCCCAUGAAGUCUCUUUUGCUUUAAAAAGAGUGCGAUUGAACACUGAUCUAAUUUAAUCUUGGAGUUCACCUUCACUUUCUUUGGCAGCUAUUCUGGGCUCUCUUGUUACCGUUCGUAUUAGCUAUCUCUGAAAUUUCUCAACAUUUUUUUUCUCCUGUGGCCUCGUCCACGGAGGUUGAACAAUGAGCAAACAUUUCUGAAUAGUAUGUGCAACUGUGGUCACAGGAACAUCAAUCUGCGUAAUAGCGCCGCGGCUGUGGGUCAGUAGGGUAGAGGAGGUAGUACAGUGGCAGAUUCGAAUCCCAGCCCCACCUGUAUGUCCGUGGGCAAGACGCCAAACCCUAAUUUGCUCUCAUUAAGCCUGCCCGUGGCGCUUAUAUUGCAGCAGUCACCGUUGUAUGUAUUAUUGGGUGAAUGUGAGGUUUUGGAAUGCACUUUAGGCACUGCGAUAGUAUAGAUGAAGUGCAGUUCAUCUACCAUUUUACCUUUUCCUUUAAUGUGAUUGUCUACAAGUUUGAAUCUCAAAACUCUUUUGCUACCAUUGAUCCAUUUUUUGUGUAGUACAUCCCAUGUAACCAACCUCCACAGGGAUUGCUUGUCAUCGCUAGAUAGCCUUUACGUACGUACAUACAUGUGCAAAGACACAUUUCAUUUGUUGCCUCACUAUGUGGUCAAAUCAGAUGAAACCUGUUUCAGGUCAGCCAGGAUCACCAUUUUUUGUUGUUGGGGUGGUGUUCUUAAGUCUAUAAGCUUUCCCCCUUUUCCUGCAAAUAUAAUGGUGGUCAUUAUGGCCAGACAGCCUCACUUGACUUUAAUCAGACCAUAGGUUAGAAAUGAUCUCUCUUUACUGUGGUAUUUUGCAAAAUUAAGUAAUUUUGCUGAUUCUGACUGACCUGAAACAGGAGAGGUUAGUCUAUGUAAACAUCUAGCUUCAAAUGUGUGUGUGUGUGUGUGUGUGUGUGUGUGUGUGUGUGUGUGUGUGUGUGUAAUGCAGCGCAGCCCUAUGCGGGGUCACAAGCAAGACUGGGUAAAGCCAGACUGUUGCCUCAGGAAGAAUCCCGUACCGGAUCAGUCAUGGCCCGGGUUAACAUCGUCGUUCCUUUGCCAGCACCGUUAACCUCCAGGGCGUCGGUGGGAAUUCUGCUACUGUGGGUCAAAGACAAAGAAGAGGAGGAAAGCGGAUUCUUUGGCAGAAAGAAAAGAGAAAAGUACAGAGCCUACAAUUGAUGUUACAGGAAGCACUUCAUCAAGGAUGCGUGAAGGUCACGCUCCCAACCGUGUGGCGACUCGUUGUCUGGACAUAACGCCACACGACGACCACCUGACGAUAGGGCGCACACGCGAUCACAGAGAGCCCUUCCUCCUUCUGCCUCGAAAAGCAUAAGAAGAAGAAACUCCUCCCGAGUCACGGAACCGAGCCGUCGCCAUGAGGUUCGAGGAGAUCCUCAAUGAUGUCGGCGGCUUCUCCAACUUCCAGUUCCUGAUUUUGAGCAUCCUGUGCCUCCCGCGGGCCAUCCUGCCGCUCCACUUCCUGCUGCACAACUUUGUGUCGGCAACGCCCGCGCACCGCUGCGACCUCGGGAACCAGACCGGCCACCCGGGGCCGGGGAACCAGGACUUUAUCAGCCCGGGUGACGGCGCACGGAGUUCGUGCGGCGUCUACGAUGCGGAGCCGACCGCGGGCAACGUGACCCGGGAGAAGAACUGGACUGGCCCUUGCCCUAACGGCUAUGUUUACGACCGAUCCGAGUUCACCUCUACCACCGCCACAGAGUGGGAUCUGGUUUGUGAGGAGCGUAGCCCGAAUCAGGCCUUGGCUACGUAUUUCUUCCUGGGGGUUACCUUUGGUGCCAUCCUCUUUGGACAUCUUUCUGACAAGUUUGGUCGAAAGUCGAUGCUUGUGGCGGCAUUGGCGGGCACCACAAUGUUGGGCAUCACCUCAGCCUUCUCCAGCUCUUACGUGAUGUUUGCUGUGUCGCGGGCACUGAGCGGCGUGACGCUGAGUGGCAUGUCCAUUAUCGGCACAGUUCUGGGCAUAGAGUGGACGGACGUGAAACACCGCACCUUAACGAGCACGCUCAUCAGUUUGUUGUGGAGCGUGGGCAACAUGCUGCUGGCCCUGCUGGCUUACGCCAUUCGAGACUGGCGCCACUUAAUGCUCGCGGUGACGGCGCCCUGCGUACUGGCCUUAGUCAGCUGCUGGUGGCUGCCUGAGUCGGCCCGCUGGCUGCUCGCCCAAGGUAGGACCACUGAGGCCCGCGAGUGCCUUCUUCGCUGCGCUAAGAUGAACGGGCAGGACGCCAGCCCACUGCAGGCAGGAUUCUUGAACAAGGCGGCGGUGUCCGAGGAGGCCGACAAGCGUCAUUCCUACAUGGACCUGCUCAAGACGCCUCAGCUGAGGAAGAUUACGUUGGUUUCCGGAGUCUUCUGGUUUUCCGUGGCCUUCUUGUACUACGGCAUUAGCUUCAGGAUCUCGGGCUUUGGUGUCAGUAUCUACCUCACGCAGUUCAUCUAUGGUGCCGUCGAAACGCCCGCCAAAAUCCUGACCUACUUCGUUCUGGACUGGAUCGGCCGACGUAACGGUCAGGCAGGGUUUCUGAUCGCGACGGGAGCGCUCAUAGCCGUCAAUGCUGCCAUUCCACUCAACUUGUCAGUGCUUCGGACCUGUGUGGCGGUGGUUGCAAAAGGCUUCUCUGAAGCAGCAUUCACCACUGCGUUCCUCUACUCCGCUGAACUUUUCCCCACCGUUCUUCGGCAGUGCGGAAUCGGCUACACUUCCUGCCUGGGUCGCAUCGGGAGCUCGUUGGCCCCGAUGAUUAUGCUUCUUGAGGACACUUGGCUCUACCUGCCGCCGCUCAUCUUUGCCUCCCUGGGAAUACUCAGCGGCACGCUCGUCUUCCUGCUGCCCGAGACGCUGGACGUGCAUCUGCCCGAACCCGCGCCAGCCCAGUUAAAGAAGCCCUUUUGUCGGUGUUCAGACACAAGAAGUCGGAGGCCAACGACCACCGUAGCGGCGAGAUGACCGUCAACAGCACUGUGACAGCUGGGGCGCUGCGGGAUCGACAACUUUGAUUCGCUGACACUUGAAUCCACACGUCCGACUUUUUCAAAUGAAACAACCUGACAACUACAACAAAAUCCUUCUCGAGUGGAAACCAAGAAUAAACGAGAAUAUUUCUUUUCUUCUCACUAUACACAUGUACAAGCAGCUCCUCCUCCAGCAUAGACAUAUAUGUAUUGUAUUAAAAAUGUGUAAGAAAAAAAAAAUCUCCUGAAUUUUGUGAAAAAUCAUGAAACUA